AUUCUUGUGAUUUCAGAGCCCGAUCGAGUUUCUUCCUUUUUGAUUCGUUUCAGAGAUUUAGAAGGUGAAGCAAAUUUCAAGAAAAAAUUUGCUCAAGCCAUGUAUGAAACUUUAAAUGAAUCUAGGGCAAAGGAAGAAGAACAAGAAUAUUUUAUGAAUGCUUAUCAAGAAGAUGUCGAAAUGACUGAUGCUGAAUCGACCGAUAAAGAAGAUACUGAAGAAGAAAAUGAAAUGUCAGAAGAUGACGAUGAUGCAUCAGAUGACAAUAUCGAUACGAAAGGUGUAGAAGGAGAAAGUGCCAAUUCACAACUUAUUGUUGGCUAUAAACAUGAUAGGUCUUUUGUCUUAAAGGGAAAUAAGAUUGGUGUGUUUAAACACACAGAUGAUGACCGCAUUGAAUUAACGACAAACAUUAGUGAAAUCAAAGGACUUGGAGGGAGUAGGCUUAUUAAUCCUUCAAAGGGAAUGCUACAUGAAGAAGACUCUACAAUGGUUUUAAUGGAUCCCCAAGACGAACAUAAUCUUUUCAAGAUGGAUUUAGAAUAUGGAAAAAUUGUUGAAGAAUGGAACGUUCAUGACGUCGUUCCUGUUACAAGUAUAUUUCCAAGUAAUAAAUUUGCUCAAACGACAGCUGAGAAGACCUUAGUUGGAAUGUCGCACAAUUCGCUUUAUCGAAUUGACCCACGACUACCUGGUCAAAAAUUAGUAGAUACCCAACGCAAACAAUAUAUGACUAAGAGUGAUUUUAGUUGUGGAGCGACAGACGCCAAAGGUCAUAUCGUAGUGGGGAGCGAAAAAGGCGAUGUCAAAUUAUUUGAUUCUUUAGGCAAGAUUGCAAAGACAAAUCUUCCUGCUUUAGGAAGUGCAAUUAAGGGAAUUGAUGUGACAUCGGACGGUAGAUGGAUUAUUGCUACUACCGCUCGAUACUUGUUGCUCUUAGAUACAUUAAUUAAGUCCGAUCCAAAUAAAAAACUUGGAUUCGAAAAAAGUUUCCCAAAAGAUAAAAAGCCAAUUCCAAGGAGGUUACAACUGAAACCAGAACAUUUGGCUUUAAUGAAGGAGCCUGUAAACUUCACACCCGCGAGAUUUAAUACUGGUUUGGAUGAAAUGGAAAAAACCAUAGUAACAAGCACUGGUCCGUUCGUCAUUACCUGGAAUUUCCGUCAAGUAAAACAAGGAAAACUUGAUGGGUAUCAAAUUAAGCGCUACACAGAUGACAUUGUAGCUGACAACUUUAAAUUUGGGCAAGAUCGGUCGAUUGUUGUUACUUUUCCACACGAUGUCACAAUGACGAAAAAGACACAUUUGUCGACUCCAACAAAAGCAGUGCUUUCACCUUCAAAG